AAACAACAGUCAUGGCUACAGUCACUCUAAAAACAGAGGAGCCCGCAAUCAUCUAGAGAUGACCAUAGACACACAACCUGAACUAGACUGGUGGACAGAAUGAAAAAUGUCACAGAAUUCAUCCUUCUGGGUUUGACCCAAGACCCAAAACUGCAGAAACUCAUAUUCACUGUGUGUUUCAUAAUCUAUUUGGUCACACUGACAGGCAACAUGCUCAUCUCAGUCACCAUCUUCAUUAGCCCAGCCCUGGGUUCCCCCAUGUACUUUUUUCUCUCCUAUUUGUCCAUCAUAGAUGCUUUCUACUCUUCUACCAUAGCACCCAAAAUGAUCUUUGACUUAAUCUCUGAGAAGAACACCAUAUCCUUCAAUGACUGCAUGACUCAACUUUUUAUUGAACACUUCUUUGCUGCUGAUGAAAUCAUCUUGCUGAUUGCCAUGGCCUAUGACCGCUAUGUUGCCAUCUGCAAGCCCUUGCACUACAUGACCAUUAUGAGUCGACCUGUGUGUGUUUUCCUGGUGGUAGGAGCUGGGAUUGUGGGGUUGAUUCAUGGCAUGAUACAGACUUUAUGUAUAGCCCACUUACCAUUCUGUGGUCCCAAUAUUAUUGACCACUUUAUGUGUGAUCUAAUACCACUCCUGGAGCUGGCCUGCACUGACACUCAUACUCUGGGGCCCUUGAUUGCUGCCAACAGUGGGUUAAUGUGUUUGCUCACUUUCUCUAUUCUGGUUUCUUCCUAUGUCAUCAUCCUGCACUCUCUGAAGAAUCACAGUUCCAAAGGGCGCCGCAAAGCCCUAUCUACCUGUGCUUCUCAUGUCACUGUUGUCAUCUUAUUCUUUGUACCUUGCUCAUACUUAUAUGUAAGACCCAUGAUCUCCUUCCCCCCUGACAAAGCUGUGACUGUGGUUUUCACUCUAGUAACACCUAUGUUGAAUCCUUUAAUCUACACCUUCAGAAAUGAGGAAGUCAAAAAGGUUAUGAAGAAACUCUGGGGUCAAAUAGUGAAAGCUGGUGACAAACAAACCUAA